AUGAAGUUAGCUGGGUAUAUUCUAUUGAGCUUUGUCGCGCUGGCAUCUGCACUGCCUUCUGUUCCUUUUCUUAAUAAGCGCAUAGCUGAAUCUGAUAAUGCAACUUUAUACAAUUCUACCAGUACUGAGACAGUUCCUACUACACCUGUAGUCCUCGACGUUGUUUUAUUGAAUGGUACUUCUUGGAUUUCAACCCGCGAAAGAUUCUGGGCAGUUGAGAGCAGCAAGGAUGAGUUUACCAUUGCUGAAACUUCACACAGUUUUAAGUCUAUUGACAGUGUCCUUUGGAGCCCAAUCUUAGACAACAUUGACCAUCCUCGACUUUUGGUUUUGGAUGAAGUCGCUAGCAAAAGUCUUUCUAAGGUUGCAAGUGGCGUCUCUGGUGUUUCCUCUCUUUGGAAUCAAACCGGUAGUGAUAGUAAUGCAACAAUUUCUGGUAACUUUUACCCGACGAAUACGACAACUAAUUCAUCUAUCGCUUGGAGCCCAACCUCAAAUCAGACUAACACGUCUUCAUCUGUCUCUACUGAGGUCAACUCUAAGAUUCUUUCUUUCUUUGGAUUAAGUGAAAGGCAUGUUAACCAUUCAAGUUCACGGCUAGUGAUUGUAGGAACUGCGAAACCAACACUGAAAAAUGUCACUGUUUUGGAUUCUUCCGAGAAAUCCGUUUAUCAAUCAUUGGUUCAAGAAAAUAAUCGGUAUAUUCGACGUGAUAUUCCUGAGAUCGACGCUGAAGUUAUUGAUGUAUUUGGCUUUGACUUUUAUUAUUUGGCUUUAAGCUCGUCCAUUUCGUUCUUAAAGAGCUUUGCCUUUUGUAAUCAAACGUCAGCCUUUUCAUUAUUUCAGGAUCUUGCUUCAUGCGGCGUAUCAGGUCAGCUCAGCUCUUCAUCUUGUGCAGACGGUAGUUAUUAUUCGCUUUUCGGCCCUAAUGGCUAUUUUGUGACAGAUUUGGGAAGUACAGCAGAUGUGAUUGUGGUUAAUAGUGAGACGAAUUGUAAUGCCUCUGUUUCCGCUGUUGCUUCCAACACCACAUACGUGAAUGUGAAUAGUGCCGUUAAUCUGACAUCUUCUUUGUUAACGAAUAUCACGUACAAUGCGAAUUAUACUAACAGUUCAAUGUCCACUAUCCCCGUCCAUGACGUUACCAAUGCCACUGGCACUAAUACGACUUCCUAUAAUGAUAGUGCUCCUGCUUCUGGUUUUAACCCUUCAGUGUAUUACGGAUCAGGAUUCUUGAAUAUUACUGAUUAUUUGAAUACUGAUGGUGAUGGUCAUAUUGUUUUGAAGGGACCAAGUGGACGAGCCUUAGGAGACUUUUACAUUCUUAAUGGUACACAAGUGGCCUUAGGAGAUUAUUUAAUUCCACUAUGGUGGUAA